AUGGACCGGCCGAUUGUCGCGAGGAACUUCGCCGCCAGGGCGGAUUUGGAGCUGCGCUACAGGACCGAGAGAAGGAUCGGCACUGGAUCCUUCUCCACGGUGAUUCUUGGCGAGCAUCGGCGCAGCGCGCGCAGGGUCGCGAUCAAGGUGAUGAGCCGGCGGAAUAUCAUCGAGGGAGGGAUGAGGGAGAAGGUGGCGAGGGAGGUGAGGACGAUGGCGCUGCUGCGGCACCCCCACAUUGUGCGCCUCUACGAGGUUUUCGAGACGCCCAGGGACGUGUUGAUCGUCAUGGAGUACGCCGAGAGGGGCGAUCUCUACGAAUAUCUCUUGGUGCAAAGGAAUCAGCGGCUGGAAGAGGCCGAGGCCCGAUGGUUCUUCCAGCAGCUCAUUACAGGUGUCGAGUACUGCCACAGCAAGUCCGCGAUCCACCGGGAUAUCAAAGUCGAGAACCUCUUCCUAGAUUCACAGCGGCACAUCAAGAUCGGCGACUUUGGGCUUUGCAACACCAUGCAAGAGGGGGGAUUCUUGCGAACGAGCUGUGGAAGCACGCAUUAUGCCGCUCCAGAGCUUCUUCUAAGGCGUCCUUACGUCGGGCCAGAAGUGGACGUGUGGAGCUGUGGAGUAGUCCUUUACGUCCUUCUCGGUGGAUGCUACCCUUUCGACGACGCAAACACCACGACACUGUACUCCAAAAUCCUGUCUGGUACCUUCAACUUUCCUCUCUUUGUUCCAGAUGGACCCCGCGACUUGAUUUCGAGGAUGCUCACUGUGGAUCCCCGCGCACGGAUCACUGUUGCAGAGAUUAAGGAGCACGCAUGGUUUAGAAUCAACAUCCCACCUCACUUAUCGAUGCGAUCAUACUACUCCACGAUUGAUAUGGAUGUUUUAGCAAGAGUUACACAGCUUGGAUUUGAGCGGCAACUGCUUAUAAUGGAUCUGCUCAACAAUGAAUCGAGUGAAGCAGCUGUUACGUACUACAUUAUACUGAACUGUGACCGGCAAAUCUCCGCUGGAUUCGCUUGAUGCCUUGUCUGGGAAGAAUUCCUCUGGUAAACACUUGAGGAUUGACCGAUUAAAGUAGUGUGGACGCCUCGUUCUAGCGUUGGUACUGCUCUGCCAUGAUCAGUAGUAUCAAGGAGCUCCAACCGGUAAACGGCCUGGCUCCUUUACCUUCGCCUUCUUUUGUAUGAUCAUACUGCUCAAAGAUGUAUCCCACUUCGUUGUAGCGCCGUGCAACGUUGCUGUGCCCAAACAACAGCAAUCAAUCAUUCAACCAACACAUUUUGUUUUU